UUUCCAAGUACCGGAAUCCGGAGCCGGACUGAUCGUUAUCACGCAUGGAUUAUGUCUUUUCUGCUGCUUUUUCUCUGUUUUCUUCUUAAAGGAAACUUUAUCAGCAACAGUUUUCAGGUGGGCUGUUUUCCGGCAUCAGAGCCAUGAUUCGUUACUUGCUAAGAUGGGCUGCUUUCAUUUGGACUGUGAAUCCUGUUCCUCACACUUUGGGAAUGGCUGUGAGUGAACGAGCAGAUGACCCGUGCCCCCCUCUGAACGUGGAGGAACACAGGUUUUCGGAUAUUUUAGAUCGUCCCCUGGAGAUCACAGGAUUCGAUCUCUCCGAAAAGUUUCUGCUCCGAAAGGGAACAGUCACAGAGGACCUGCUGUCGUUUCGAUUAGGAAGCAGCCCGCUUAUCAAGCCGACAAGAUUAAUAUUCCCAAACGGGCUUCCGAGUGAGUACUCCCUUGUUUCCUUGUUCCGGGUGAGAAGAACGACGAAGAAAGAUCGUUGGUAUCUCUGGCAGAUAUUUGACCAAUCAGGAGACAGUCAGAUAUCUGUUGUGGUUGAUGGCGCUAAGAAGGUGUUGGAGUUUUCUUUCGAGGGCCUCCAGAAGAACACGCUCCGCUACACAUUUAAGAGCCGCGACUUGCAUGUCCUCUUUGAUCGCCAGUGGCACAAGCUGAGCCUUUCCGUGCAGAGCAACAUUGCCUCCAUUUACAUAGACUGCAAGCUUGUAGAAAGGAGGCUGACUGAUGAGAGGGACAGCAUCGACCCCGGUGGGCGCACACUCAUCACUACUCGAAUUGAGGAUGGACGGCCUGUAGAUAUUGAACUGAAACAAAUGCUGAUCUACUGUGACCCUUAUAUGGCUGAGAUGGAAACCUGCUGUGAACUGUCAGAGACAACGUGUGGAGCCAAGAAGACAUUUAAUGGGACUUCCCCUCCCCCGGUUACAGUGCAGAUUCCCCUGAUGCUGUCUCAGCCAGCCCCACAGUCCAUUGACAGAUGUCAGUGUCCAGCUGAAAAGGGAGAUACCGGUCUUCCAGGAGUAGUUGGACUGUCAGGACAAAAGGGGGACACAGGAGAAAAGGGAGAACUUGGAUCAGAAGGGCAAAAUGGAAUCGAUGGAGAGAAGGGUCUGAAGGGAGACCCAGGGCCUGUUGGUCCACUUGGUCCCAGAGGAUCCAAAGGUGACGUCGGUCUGCCCGGUACACCAGGGCUGCCUGCCAACAAUGACUGUCUCAAAGGAGAUCAGGGUCCCCAAGGUGACAAAGGAGAAAAGGGAGCUGCUGGAGAGCCAGGUCAGCCAGGGGAACCAGGCAAAGAGGGCAAAAGGGGACGGAGAGGAAAGACUGGGGAGCCUGGACCCAAAGGCCUACCUGGUCCCGCAGGAACCGCUGAAGGGGCAAGUGUAAAGGGGGAGAGAGGGGAGUCUGGAGUCCCGGGGGAAAGAGGGGAGAAGGGAGAGAGUGGAGAUUCUGGUCAGCCAGGUGCUGAGGGGACCGGCGGCAUGAAAGGACAAAAAGGUGAUGUUGGACCUGCUGGUCCUCCUGGUCCUGUGAUGACGGCUCACGGAUUAAGACAGCUUCCUGCAACUGAUGAGAUGAGAGAAAAAACCCAAAAGGGUGAAAAGGGAGAUCAGGGGGAGAGAGGAGCUCAAGGGCCGCAAGGUUUCAAGGGAAGUACGGGGCCGCCAGGACUAAAAGGAGAUCAAGGACCGGAGGGGAAGUUAGGCCUGUCUGGACCCAUUGGACUCCCAGGACUCCCAGGAGAGCCAGGCUCACCAGGGGAGCCAGGGGUUCCAGGGAGAGAUGGCCUGAAAGGAGGAAAGGGGGACUCUGGUGGUGCGAUCGGGCUACAGGGACCUCCUGGUCCCAAGGGCGAGCCUGGAGAGCCUGGUGGGGGAUAUAUGAGCGAAGGCUUGUCGAUGACUCGAGGGUCUCGCGGGCCCAAGGGUGAGAGAGGUGUGCCAGGAUUGCCAGGAGACCAUGGUGAAAAGGGCGAACCUGGGGAGAGUAUUGUUGGCCCCGCGGGACCCCCAGGGAAGACAGGAAUUGAGGGCCUUCGUGGACCACCAGGUUUAUCAGGUCCUCCUGGAGUUCCAGGAAAAGAGGGCACCCCUGGUAGACCUGGCCCACGGGGACCUGCUGGACCUCCAGGUGAACCUACUGCCCUGCCUAUUGUUGGAGACAUGAGCACUUUGCUUAAGAACGCCUGCAGUUUGUGCCAGACGAGAGUCCCCGGUUUGCCUGGGCAGAAGGGAGAGAAGGGCUCCCCCGGAGUGCAAGGAGCAGAAGGCUUUGUGGGAGAAAAGGGAGAUCCAGGUAUAAGAGGUCCAAUGGGAAACCCGGGGAAAGAGGGCCCAAAGGGAGUAAAGGGAGAGAGAGGCUUUACCGGCCCUGCUGGAGAGAAAGGCGACGAGGGGCCAUCAGGGGCACCGGGACUUCCAGGUGUGACUGGUCGAACAGGGUCCCCGGGGAUCAUGGGUAGACCUGGACCAUUGGGCAAAUUUGGACCAAAAGGAGAAAAAGGAACCGAAGGACCUCCAGGGAUACCAGGGCCUCCAGUAAGUUCACGAUGCUUCAGCACCAGCCACUUGUUCAUAAUCAGUCAUAAAACCUCCAACAGGGUCAUACGUUGGCCAAGUCCCAAACCCGUCCACGUGUACAAAUUUGCUGCUAAUAGAGGCAAGCCUACUGAGUUCAAGCCAUCUGCACAACACUUGUGUGAUGCCCAGUCUCACAGCAUUUGGUGUAACAGGAAAAGCAUAACUGACAAACAAGUGCAAACAUGA